AUGAAAACCCGGAAGUGCAUCACAACAGUAACGAUGCUGCAGAGAAACUGUUUAAAAACUUUACACCGUGAUCACAAUGUGUUCUUUAUAGUUUAUAUCGCUGCAGUAUCGAUCAGCCAUGGAACACCAGGGCUCUGUGAGAAAGAAAAGAAUAAAAUAAGUCCGGAGAGAUGUAUAGUUUGGGGAGCGGGUCUGGACCCGGAGCUGGUGGUUCCGGUCCGAUAUUUCUACAUUCAGGCGGUGAAUCAAGACGGAGAGAACAUCACCGUGUCCCCGGGUUCAGACUCCUUCCAGGUGAGCGUGAGCGCUCUCUCGGUCCAGGAGCGAGUCCGUGUCCAUGUUCCCGCCCCUCUGGACCGGAGUGACGGUUCCUUCCUGGUGAGAUUCCGUCUUUACUCGAGCGCAGUAAAUGGUCUGAAGGUGGAGGUGCUUCAUAAACACACACAUGUGGCUCAGUCUCCGUACACACUGACAGGAGCGGUGUAUCACGAGGACUGCGAUUGUCCCUUUGAGGACGCGGAGGCGUGGCUAAGCGUGCUGAAGUGUCCGAGUGCAGAGCCUCAGAUCCAACAGGAUUUCAGUGCGUUUCCCUCCAUCGAGCUGCAGCGUGUGAGACAGGAAGUGCCCUCGCGCUUCUCUGACCGCGGCGUCAUCCACUACGCCAUCAUCGACAACCAGCUGCACCGCCGCGCGCUCGGGAGGUACACCGACUUCAAGAUGUUCUCGGACGAGAUGCUGCUCUCACUCACGCGCAAAGUCCGUGUGCCUGACGUCGAGUUCUUCGUUAACGUUGGGGACUGGCCGUUAGAGACGCGCGGGGUUUCAGACGCUCCCGGGCCGGUUCCCAUCGUCUCGUGGUGCGGGUCGAGGGAAACACGUGACAUCAUCCUGCCCACCUAUGACAUCACACAUUCCACUUUAGAGACGAUGAGGGGCGUGUCCAACGACCUGCUGUCUAUACAGGGAAAUACAGGUCCAGUGUGGAGGAAUAAAACGGAGCGAGCGUUUUUCCGAGGCAGAGACAGUCGCGAGGAGCGAUUAAACCUCGUGUCCAUGUCCAAGAGAAACCCCGAGCUGCUGGACGCCGGGAUCACGGCUUUCUUCUUCUUCCGCGAACGAGAGAAAGAUCUCGGCAAAGCACCUCUGGUCGGCUUCUUCGACUUCUUUAAGUAUAAGUACCAGGUGAACGUGGAUGGGACCGUCGCUGCGUACAGGUUCCCCUACCUGAUGCUGGGGAACAGUGUGGUGAUGAAGCAGGACUCCUCAUAUUACGAACACUUCUACGCACACCUCAGGCCCGGGCGCCAUUACUUACAGCUCAAGAGAGAUCUGUCUGAUCUGAUUGAGAAAAUCCAAUGGGCAAAGGAGAAUGAUGGUGAAGUAGAGGCCAUAGCGAGGGCGGGGCAGGCGCUGGUCAGAGACCUGCUGCAGCCUCACAGACUCUACUGUUACUACUACAUGGUGCUGAAGUCGUACGCAGAUCGACAGGUGGGAGACCCUGCUGUUCAUCCUGACAUGGAGAGAGUGAGACAGCCGUCUGACCCCAGCGCAGCGUGCGACUGUCGCAGGGGGACACGGGGACGACCGGGUGACGAGCUCUGACGGAGGAACCUGAUUACCUCUCAGGCCUGGGGUUCCUGCAGAGAGCCCUCACACACCUGACACACACACACACACUUGCCUUUACAUCUCGUUCAGUGUGGGUGUGUUCCAAACCUCAAAUCAUGUCCACUACACAGGCAACAGAAGCACCUGCUCAUGGAGCUUAUGGCUGGCGUAUACACACACACACACACACACACACUCGGCUGUGUCUCUUUUAGCAAUGAAGGGCUCAUACAGUGCUGUGUGUGCGUGCUGAGGAUACGGGGAGGGCAAUAUGGGUUAAAUAAUGUCUUAAUUUAAUGUGAAUAACACACACACACACACACACACACACACACACACAUUGUAUUGUGUGUAUAAUGACCUUUUAGUCUCUCUCUCUAAAAAAAAAAAAAAACAGCUUUUAAGCUAAUUUUUUCUGUUCUGUACUGCAACAUCAGCAAAUUGUCUGUGUGUGUGUGUCUGUGUGCGUGUGUCUGUGUGUGUGUGUGUCUGUGUGCACAUUUACUGUUCAGGUUGCACAACGGAGCCGCUGACAUUUUUUCCGAGUUAUUCCUCAUGUUCGAUCUCCAGAAUAAAUAAAAUAACUUUAAUCUCAUUUUUUAAAGAAAAAAAGCAAGCGAUGUAAAUAAUUCUCAGACUCGUCUAUAAGAGAUGAGCGCUCCUUUUUAUUAGAUUAAAUAUAAUUAAAUAUUUUUGUGAAAUGUUGAGCAUUCUGGAUAUAAAUGUGAAAAUGUAAGAAAUGUUUACGUUUAUAGCUUUAUUAACGAAUCCCUUUUCUUCACCUGCAUUAAUCUGUUCAUCCUCGUCCCCGUGUGUCUGAGCGAGUGGAUUCGAUCUGAUGAUAAAAGAUCGUCGGUUCUAAGAGAGGAGCUGAAGGGACGGUCUGUGAGAUGCAGAUGUUUGUGUACUGUAUUGUGGUGGUGUGUGUUACGCUGCGACGGGGAAACUCAAACUAAAACCACGAGGGUGAUAUUUAUAGACUGUUAAGCUGAUUUUUGGGACAUUGUGAUAACACUAAUGUUUGUUGUCUGGUUUUGUGGAAAGUAUUUUUUUACAGGAUUUGUGUAUUAAAAUCUAUUAAAAGUAUCUAAUAAACACCGAAAUGCUGA